AUGGCAGAUGGUGAAUGGCUUACUCCACGACAACUAAGCGCACUUUCGUACGAAGAACAGCAAGCAUAUAUUCGUCAAACGCUUGAAGAGAGCCAAGAAGAAAUAAGUAUCCACGAUUCAGUAGUUGGUGACGAGGCUUUAGAUGAAUGUGUAGGUGAUAUUGGUGGUGAUGACUCAGACUUAGAAGAGCCCAGGUUACCAGAAUAUGACCCAGAGGACGACAGUGAUUCUGAUGAAGAACUUGAAGAUGCACCAAUUGGAACUGGGGAAUAUUUUACUGCCAGAGAUGGUAAUGUUUGGUCUUCGAUACAACCACAACCUGUAAGAUUCCAUACGCACAACAUUCUAAGAAGUGCACAAUCUGGACCAGUACGGGCAACGCAAGGUUUGACCAUUUCAGAAACGUUCAAAUUGAUAAUGUCAGAUGAAAUAUGCGACAUAAUUAUUCGUGAAUCAAAUCGAAAGGCAAGGCAAUUCUUUGAUGAUGACAAUGCAAAACAUCCAACAAGAGAACCGAGAUCAUGGAUUCCCAUAACAGAAAGUGAAUUUGAUGCAUAUUUGGGCGUACUUUUGCUAAGUGGCGUUACACAUUCAGGUUACGUGCAUACGAAAGAUUUGUGGAAUACUAAAUCACAUCCAUUAUAUCGUGCUGCAAUGAGUGUACGACGAUUUUGGGAAAUUAGCCGCUUCAUUCGUUUCGAUAAUGGAAACACAUGCCAGCAACGCAAACAAACUGACAAAGCAGCAGCAAUAUCGGACGUUUUUUUGAUGCUAAAUAGCUGUCUUCGUAGAUAUUACGUGGCAGGAUCCAACGUCACCGUAGAUGAACAAUUGUAUGCUUAUCGUGGUGGAACUGGCUUCACGCAAUACAUACCAUCAAAACCUGCCAAAUAUGGGAUAAAAGUGUGGUGGGUGUGCGACUCCAUUUCGUCCUAUCCAUUGCAGGGACCAAUCUAUACAGGAAUGGCACCGUCUGGUGAACGUGAAAGAAACGUUGGUGAAAGAAUAGUCAAAGAUUUAUGUAUCAAUCUUUUUGAUGGAAGUGGAAGAAAUAUUGUAUGUGACAACUUUUUCACUAGCUACAACUUGGCAAAAUCUUUGAUGAUAGACAAUAAUUUAUCUAUAUUGGGUACUUGCAACAAAAGGCGUACAUUCGUCCCAGCAGCAUUUGCCAACCCCAACGGACGUGAGGCUGAAUCGUCAAUGUUUGGGUUCUAUAAUCACGUUACGAUGUGCUCGUACGUGCCCAAGAAAAACAAGGCAGUUGUAUUAUUGUCCACUUCUCAUUAUACAACAGAAACGUCAGGUCCUAAGAAGAAGCCAUUGCUUAUAUUGGACUACAACAAAACCAUAGGUGGAGUUGAUAGCAUGGACAUGUGCUUGUCCGAAUAUAGUACCAAGCG